AUGGGCGGCGCCGGCCCUGCGCGGCCUGUGGUCCUGCUGGACGCCAUGGCCGACUGGCCCGCGCUGGAGCGCUGGCGCGACCCGCGCGCCCUGGCGGCGGCGCAUGGCCGGCGCACGGUGCCGGUGGAGACGGGGCGGCACUACCUGGCAGAGGGCUGGGGCACGCGCCUCAUGACCCUGGACUCCUUCGUCGCCGACCACAUCCUGGGCGCGGGCGGGGCGGGGGCCUACCUGGCCCAGCACCCGCUCUUCGACCAGGUGCCGGAGCUGCGCCGCGACAUCCGCGAGCCGGCCUACUGCGUGCUGGGCCGGGGGGAGGACCCCGCCGUGAACGCCUGGUUCGGACCAGCCGGCACGGUGACGCCACUGCACCAGGACCCGGCGCAAAACCUGCUGUGCCAGGUGGUGGGAAGAAAGUACGUCCGACUCUACUCCCCGGCCUGCACCGACGUGCUGGCGCCACACCAGAGUGGCAUGCACACCAACUCCAGCACCAUCGACCUCGAGGACGAGGCGAGCCUGGCCCAGUUCCCCAGCCUGGCAGCUCUGGAGUUUAGCGAGUGGGAGCUGGCGCCGGGCGAGGUGCUCUACAUCCCGCCUCGCUGGUGGCACUUUGUCAAGGCCACCACCGUCAGCUUCUCCGUCAGCUUCUGGUGGGACUGA